CCGAUUCGAAAAGUAUGCUAUGGAUUGAUAUCUGUAACAAGCGAGUCGAUGUUGUCACAAGUAAACUUUGAAACUUUUCAAAUUAGUCCAGACGCUGCGCCAGUGACGGAACAUUCUGUUCAUUCCAUUAAUCGCGCCGCAACUCCUCGCCAAUGUUGUGAAAUCGUACUGUUGUAGUUACCCACAUUUAUUUAUAACGAAAGCCUGAUAAUGUCAGUUCUCUAACAGACGGCGAAAUAGCAACGGCGUAAUGGAAAUAGAUUUGUUCGGGGCGGUGGCCAUCGGUGCCAUCAUAUUGCUAAUAUUUCAUUAUUUGUCGAAAAAAUACGAAUACUUUCUGUCAAAGCCAAUACCGUGCGUCAAACCGACGUUUCUGCUGGGCAGCACCGGACCUAUUAUGCUUCGCAAAAGAGAUUUUCCAUGCCACAUCAGAAUGCUGUACAAUUCCUUUCCGGAAUCCAAAGUAAUAGGAUUCUAUGACCUGACGAAGCCGAUCUUCAUGGUGCGCGACGCGGACGCCAUCAAGAAAAUAAGCGUGAAAGAUUUCGACUUCUUUACGGACCACACCCCUACGAUGAGCAGCAAUACAGCGGACGGCGAAGGUGGUGGGGAGGCCCUGUUCGGCAAUUCUCUGUUUAUGUUGCGCGGUCAGAAGUGGAGAGACAUGCGAUCGACGCUGAGUCCGGCAUUCACCGGAAGUAAGAUGCGACAUAUGUUCGAGCUGGUCGACGACUGUGCGCGGUCGAUGAUCGAUUUCUUCACUUUGGAAGCGAAAGCUGGAAAAACUUUGGAGUACGAGAUGAAGGACACUUUUUCACGGUUUGGAAACGAUGUGAUCGCUACGGUCGCUUUCGGAAUUGAGGUUAACUCGCUGAAGGAUCGUGAAAAUGAAUUUUAUAUGAAUGGAAAACAGAUGGUCAAUUUUCAAUCGAUUAUGGUGCUAAUCAAGUUUUUACUGAUGAGAAGUAUGCCUCGGUUAAUGCAGAAACUCGGACUCGAUUUUGUAGACUCAAACCUAACAGAAUACUUUAAAAAAAUGAUUAUUGACAACAUGAAGCAGCGAGAAGUGCAUGGAAUCGUGCGCAAUGAUAUGAUUCAUAUGCUCAUGGAAGUUCGGAAGGGUUCUUUGAAGCAUCUUAAAGACGAACACGAACAAAAAGAUGCGGGUUUUGCAACCGUAGAAGAGUCCAGUGUUGGAAAAACAACACAUUCUCGAGUGUGGACCGAGAACGAGUUGAUUGCACAGUGUUUCUUAUUUUUCCUAGCAGGAUUUGAUACCUUUUCUACCGCUAUGACAUUUUUGACCUAUGAACUAACAAUCAACCCGGAUGUUCAGAAUCGUCUCUAUGAGGAAAUUGUAGAAAUCGAUCAAUCUCUGAACGGCAUCCCUCUGAGUUAUGAAAUCCUUCCACAAAUGGAAUACAUGGAUAUGGUAGUUUCGGAAGCCCUUCGUAAGUGGCCCCCGACAGUCGUGUCGGAUCGUUUCUGCACCAAGGACUAUGUGUAUGAUGACGGGGCCGGGACUCGUUUUACCAUCGAGAAAGAUCAAACAAUUUGGAUCCCUACCUUCGGUAUUCAUCACGAUCCAAAGUACUACCCGAAUCCGGAAAAGUUCGAUCCGGAACGAUUCAGCGAGGCAAACCGAUCGAAGCUCGAUGCCGGUGCCUAUCUACCCUUCGGUGCCGGUCCAAGGAAUUGCAUCGGCUCACGAUUGGCGCUGAUGGAGAUUAAAUUGAUUGUGUACUAUUUGCUGAAGGACUUUAGCCUGGAACCGACCGAGAAAACGCAGAUUCCUUUACAGAUGGCGAACGUUUUCGCACUGCAGGCGGCGAAAGGCGUAUGGGUAGAGUUCAAACCGAGGAGAAGAUGAGGGGUCUUGUAGGACUUUAACCAUUCAGGCAUUAGGCCCAUAGUUUAACGUGUUUAAUUUGGUUUUAUUCAUUAACUUGAAGACAGUAUUUCCAUUGAGUUACUUGAAUUAAAAGAAAAGCAUGGCUUUCAAAAGUGCUGUACUUACUCAUGACAUGCAAAAGCCCGUUCUUACCUGAAAUGGUACAGAAAAUAGAAGUUUGUUACAAACACAUAAAAGAAGAAAUAAAGUUCUAGUAAUUCGUUCA